AUGCCGGCACUCGUCUCGAACACGACCAGCGCGGCAACUGCGGCGGACCGCCUGAUUGAGGAGCUGUCCAAUGCGCUCUCUGCGCCGUCUGCAGGGGAUGGGCCUUCAGAUACCCUAUCCACUGCAUUGCAAAGUGUGCAGAAACACGCCAGAUCCUUUGGCUUCUCUUCAAAGCAGUGUGAACAGCUUGUUCGACUCGCGCUGCUAGGUCGCUCACGUCCUCACUUGUCCACCGGCACCAGCAGAUCCGUUAAGCAAAAGCCGCCCAAAACUUCAGUCUCCCUCGCUCUUCUGCGAUCCGUCAUUCCAAAGCCACGCGCACGACUCGGCAGGCAAACCGUCCUCGACAUCAUUGCGUGUCUGGGCCCUUCUCCUGGUGCAGACACGGUCAAGCUUGCCGGCCUCCAGCGCGACAGCGGUGCCAGCGCAGGGCCAAGUCUGGGGCCAUCAAAACUUCAAGUGGACAGCAAGGUGCAAGUGGCUGCGCUCAAGCUGCUCUCUGUACUGCUCGAAUCUCCCUCGGUGCCUCUGUCUAUUGCCGCCAAUUUCUACACUGAGGCCGGAAACGCUGCGGAAGCGCCUUCACGCUCGGACAGGCAGCGAAACGAACGCGAGCAGGAGCGUCUACAGCGCCAUGCUGCUCAAUACACGGGGCUCGCAGGCAACCUGCCCAACUCGUACCUCACCACGGCCGCCAAGGCCACACUCGAAAAGUGCUAUUCGACCUUAUUCCAUUACAUCGACUACCAGGCUCUGCGCCCACACCUCUGCUACCUGCUUUGCCGUCUCACCAAGCGAAGGAACGUGCGACACUACCGCAUCACCAAACUCAUGGCGAUUCGAGCCAAUUCAGCGCCCGAAGCUGGCAUCUCUGCUGUGCUAUCGACGUACGCCAACUUUUACCCAGAUUUACUUUUCCCAGAGUUGCUUGGAGGCGGUGGUGCAGGAAGCUCGGCGAUUGCAGGAGGUCCAGCAGCCGGUCUCAAGUAUCCGGAUGCCGACUGGAUUGCGGCUGUUCUGCUGACGCAUGCACGCUGUGCACGACGCGAUGAGGGCGAAGCGGUCGAGUCCGAUGACGAGGCCGAGACCGAGGUAGAAGCGGGCGUUAGGGCACAAAAGAAGCAACGUCUUUCGUCGAGCGCCGUCAAAGAGAGUACGGCAGGCGACGACGUUGCGAUUGGUGCAGCCGCUCCUACGCUGAUCCCCAUCCCGAAUCUGGUCACGAUCCAACCGCUCAAUUCGGCGCAAAAGGCGUUUGGCACCAAUCCGUCGUUGAUCACGGAACUGUCGUCUUUGCGCCAUCUUGCGCACAGCUUGGAUCGCCUCGUGCUCCCCUCGCAAGCCGCAGCGAUGCUCGGCAGUGGUUUCGGCGCGCGUCUGAUGCGUGUAGCAGUGCUGGCAGGCGCUACGAUUACCAACGAGGACUCGCUCAGCCAGACGAUCCCGGCCGGGCGGAGGAACAGGCAAGCCGAGCAGGAUCUGUGUUGGGUACGACUCUCAGACUGGCUCGAGAGUGUGCUUAGCGACGAGUUGGGCGUUCGGAACCGUACUGCGUCGUCAUUGCAGGGUCUCAAGCUACCGUCAACGGACGCAGAGUUCAAGCGGCUCACGGCGUUGUUGCGACGCACGAGGUAUGUCUUUGAGUUGGCCGAGCAGAUGCCGGUCAAGCUCGAGGAGCUGACUUCGAGCGUGUUGCAGGCGAUCGCUGAGGUGGCUGAGGCGAAGAACAGCACGGCGACAGUGGCGGAUGCGAUCGUGAACGAUAUGGAUGGGUGGUCGGACCGGUGGGACCAGCUGGCCAAGGAAGUGCUAGCCUUUGUGCCGCUGGUUACGCCUUCGGAUUUGGCGUCGUUCGAAGAGAGGUUCAUGGCGCCGCUCGCAGUGCUGGCGACGUCGAGCAGAGUGUCGCUCGACACUUCAGCGACUGUGCUGUUGGCGCUGUCGGGACUGCUAGCCAAUUGGGGUGUGCGCGACUGGUUGGAAAUCGGCAGAACGCUGGAUGCGCGUCAGUCGUACCGAUGGGGCAUCUCAAACCUAGAUCCCGCAGUGGACUACACCGAGCUCACCGCGACUGUAUCUGCUCGAACAGACGCGCUAGCCGCCUCGCUGGUCGGUCUCCACCCACGACAUGUGUUGAUCGAGCAUGCAGCCCUCUGUGUCUUCGAGACGCUCUCUGGCCCGCUCGUAGGCAUGCGCACGACCGCCAACAUCUCAGCGCUGCCGAUCUUGGCCUUCACAAUGCACGCCACCACCAUCGCGCCUGUCUCGCGCCUCUGCGGUUUUGUGCAGGAGCUGCGUGCUGCGUUCGAAGCGCACAACGCCGGUUCGCAUGCGCAAGCACAAGUCGACGGCGGAAUGGAGAGCAAAGUGCAGGAUCUGCGCGUGAGCUUUUUCGAGGAGGACAACCUGACUACACUCAACAGCAACGUGACGUUGGUUGCGAACCUCGUGUGGCUCGGGAAACUGGUCACGGGCGACGAGGCGCCUGGAGGGCUGCCGGCGUCUUUCGACGACGGAGUGCUGGCGGAGCUGACGCAGCGUGGCGACGUGCUGAAUCUGAAGUUGGCAACAUUGGCCAAUACGCCGUUCUCGAGGGCGAUGAGUCACGUCUCGGAAAGGUUUGCUAACGUGUAUUGCCAGCAGCACAGCGCGAGCGAGGCCGAGCGGGAAGGGUGGGUCAGGGGACCGAUUACGCCAAAGACGCUCAAGUCGGCGAAGAGGAAUGGCUUGCCCGCAGCGUGGUCGCAUACGGACUUCAGGGCAUAUCUGCUGGACUGGUUGGACAGGCAGGGGGCGCACGGGAUGUACGAGCUGCUCAAGAAUAUCUUGGUCACGUUCGGAGGGCAGCUAAAGAGCAUUCGUGGUGAAGCUCGGGAUGAGGCUGCGUGA